AUGUCUAUAGAUAAUUAUGAAGAAUUACAAAAAUUUAUUGAUUUAAAUGAACAUUAUCGAACAUAUCUUGAUGAACAUAAUAAUACUCGUCCCGAUGGACGAAAAUUUCAUGAAAAUCGAUCAAUACAAAUACUUAAAAAAUUUCUUCAACAUUCCUAUGGUUCAUCAAUGAUUCGUUUUGGUAAUACAACUGUUAUAUGUUCAAUAACUGGUCAAUUAGCAAAACCAUCAUUAAAAUCUUUACGAUCAGGUUUUAUACAAACAGUUGUCUUAUUACCACGUACACAAGCAUGGUCAACAUAUGGUCGAAGACAACAAAUUAUUAAUGAAAAUUUAACAUUAAGUCAACAUUUACUUGAUAUUAUUUAUAAAUCAAAAUUAAUUAACUUAGAAGAUUUAUGUAUUGAAGAAGGUAAAUGGGUAUGGUGUUUACAAAUUGAUUUUCAAUGUUUAAAUAAUGAUGGAAAUUUAUUUGAUAGUUGUUUAUUAGCUCUUAAUGUUGCUUUACAUCAUACAUAUUUUCCAACAGUUAAAAUUGAUCCUGAUACACAAAAACCAUUAGUUUAUACAAAAGAAUUAAAACAUUUUCAAUAUAAUCAACAACAAGAACCAUUAUGUUGUACAAUAGCUGUAUAUGAAUAUGAACAAGAAUAUAAAUAUUUAAUUGAUCCAACAUUAGAAGAAGAAAAUAUAGCAAAAUGUAUUUUACAUUAUGUUCUAUUAAAAAAUGAUCAAAUAUGUUUAAUACAUAAAACAAGUGGUGCACCAUUUUCAAUAGAUAAAUUUCAUCAAUGUUAUUCAUUUGCUCGAGAAUAUAUUCUUGAAUUACGUAGGAAACUUAAUCAAUGA